CCGCCGCCGCCGGCAGGAGCCGGGCCCGCCCGGGGCUGAGCCGGCGGAGGAGCAUCCGCGCCCGGGGCCGCCCGGUGGUGCCUCUCGGCCGCCGCCCGGGCCCUGCGCGCUGCCCCGGAGCGGCCCCCGGCUGCCAGACAUGACCGCCAUCAUCAAAGAGAUCGUCAGCAGGAACAAAAGGCGAUACCAGGAGGAUGGCUUCGACCUGGACCUGACCUAUAUUUAUCCAAACAUAAUUGCUAUGGGCUUUCCUGCAGAGAGGCUUGAAGGAGUAUACAGGAACAACAUUGAUGAUGUAGUAAGGUUUUUGGAUUCAAAGCAUAAAAACCAUUACAAGAUAUACAAUCUAUGUGCUGAAAGACAUUAUGACACCGCCAAAUUUAACUGCAGAGUUGCACAGUACCCUUUUGAAGACCAUAACCCACCACAGCUGGAGCUCAUCAAACCUUUCUGUGAAGACCUUGACCAGUGGCUGAGUGAAGAUGACAAUCAUGUGGCAGCAAUCCACUGUAAAGCUGGAAAGGGACGAACUGGUGUAAUGAUUUGUGCGUAUUUGUUGCAUCGAGGCAAGUUUUUAAAGGCUCAAGAAGCCCUAGAUUUCUAUGGGGAAGUAAGGACCAGAGAUAAGAAGGGAGUGACAAUUCCCAGUCAGAGACGCUACGUGUACUACUAUAGCUACCUGUUAAAGAAUCACCUGGAUUACAGACCAGUGGCUCUGCUGUUUCACAAGAUGAUGUUUGAAACAAUUCCCAUGUUCAGCAGCGGAACUUGCAAUCCUCAGUUUGUGGUGUACCAGCUCAAGGUAAAGAUUUUCACCUCCCCUUCAGGACCCUCGAGACGUGAAGACAAGUACAUGUACUUUGAAUUCCCUCAACCUCUACCAGUGUGCGGUGAUAUCAAAGUGGAAUUCUUCCACAAACAGAACAAGAUGUUGAAAAAGGACAAAAUGUUUCACUUUUGGGUAAAUACAUUCUUCAUAGGACUGGAUGAAAAUUCAGACAAAGUAGAAAAUGGAAGUCUAGUUGCAGAUCAGGAACUUGAUGGUAUUUUCAGUACAGAGCGCUCAGAUAAUGAUAAGGAAUAUUUAAUCCUUACGUUAACAAAAAACGAUCUAGACAAAGCAAAUAAAGACAAAGCCAACAGAUAUUUCUCUCCAAACUUCAAGGUGAAGCUAUUUUUCACAAAAACAGUAGAAGAGCCAUCAAACCCAGAGGCUAGCAGUUCAACUUCUGUAACACCAGAUGUUAGUGACAAUGAACCUGAUCAUUAUAGAUACUCUGACACCACUGACUCUGAUCCAGAGAAUGAACCUUUUGAUGAAGAUCAGCAUACGCAGAUUACAAAAGUCUGAAUAUUUUUUUUAUCGGAGAUAAAAGAAAAAAAAAACAUACAUAAAAAAAAAAAUAAACCACCUACCAUGAAGAGAGAUAAACUUGAAUAAACUGAAAAGGAAAAAGAAAAAAAAAAAAAGGACCUUUCUAAAUGGCAAAAGGACAUAGUGUCAGAUUACCAGUUAUAGGAACAAUUCUUUCCUGACCAAUCUUGUUUUGCCCUAUAAAUCUACAGGGUUUGACACUUGUCCAGUCGGGGGGAAAAAAAAAAAAAAGGAAGGUUACCUAGCUCUUAUAUGUAUAUACCUUUUUGUGUCAAAAGGACAUUAAAACUUCAAUUAGGAACUAUAAACAUGGCACUUUCCCAUUUUAUUCCAGUUUUAUAAAAGUGGAGACAGACCUAAUGUGUAUGCGUAGGAAUUCUUCCUUUUUGUGUUCUGUCACCAACCGAAGUCUCAAAACCGAAAAACAAACAAAAAAAAAACCCACCAACCAACGACGAAACCAAUUCACAGGUUCACACAUCCUGGCCCCUUUUUUUUGCACUUGGUGUGGCAACGGGGAAGUCUGCAGUUGGCUAAGAGAUGUUUUCUGGAAGGUUUUUCCUCCAUUCUGAUGCGUGUCUUUUGGCUGGGGGAUGGAAAGGAAUGCUCGGGAAGGAGCGUGGCCUCUGUACCAUGUCCGGCUGUUCCAUUGCCCUGAUCCAUCCGGGACAACAGACGAGGAGUCGCCGCUGUCGCUGCUUUGUCGUUUGUGCAUUUUUAAAUUUCUUUUUAUUUUUUUCUUUCUUUUUUUUCUCUGUUUUUUUUUUCUUUGUUUUUUCCUCAGUGUAAUGGUGCUAGAAAAGGCAGCUAGAGGGGAGUGAUUCUGUACCUGGGAGGGUGUUUGGGGCGGGGGGACAGGAGUGAACCUUCCCGACACCCGCGCCACCGAAGGGAGAUGAGAAAUUCUUGGGGUCACACAAAAAUAAAAUAAAAUUUAACAAAAAAAAAUUUGUUAAAAAAAAAAAAAAGGAAACACACAGCAACAAUGACUUAACCAUACAAAUGUGGAGGCUAUCAACGAAAAUAGGAGCUUGAAAACAAAUGGUUACAAAAUUUAUCGGGUUGUUUUGUUGUUUUUGUUGGUUUUGGGUUGGUUUUUUUUCCUGAAUUGUAAUGGCUGCUCCAUCUCCUGUGUAAUCAAGGCCAGUGCUAAAAGUCAGAUGCUCUUAGUGCAGACAUCAGUCAACAUCUUACAUUUAUAUUAGUAGUUUUUCAAUCAUAUUCCUGCUGUGAAUACUUCAUGUGCUGCCUUGCAAGCUUGUUUUUUCUUUUUUUUUCCUUUUUUUUUUUUUUUCCUUCUCCUCCUCAUGAAUAUAAAAAUAUUUUGUAAUGGUGCACAGGAAAUGUCAUUGGAGAUUCUCCAGGUUAGUGUGUUUUGUUUUGUAGGUUUCUGAUGCAUUUAUUCAAUCAAACCUCUGUCAGCCGUUCCACCCCUUUGACCUUACACAUUCUAAUACAAUGAGUUUUGCAGUUUUGCACACUUUUUAAAAAAAAAAAAAAAGAAAAAAAAAGAAAAAAAAGAAAUAAGAAGUCAGUAACUGUUAGGGAAUUUUACUUGAAUGCUCAGUACCUACAAUGUUUGAAAAACAGACCUUACACCCGAUAGAGAGGAAACCGGUGUUGCAGUAAAUUCUCAGCACUGCAAAUGAAGAUUAAAAAGCAGAACUUGUCCCAAAUAAAUUGCUUGCUAUCAAAAAAAAAAAAAAAAAAAACACCAAACCCACAAACCACCCAACAAAUUAGUUUUCUACACUAACUGACUGUGUUGUGUUACUUGUUUGUAGGGAUAGAGCCAAGGGUAGGGCUUGAGGUUCCCUUUUGGUGUGUAAAUUGUCAUGCCCAGACUGCAGAUGACUUCAGAGUACAACUGCUGUUGCAUCCGAAGGUGGAGCAGCUGCCCAAAUUGUCCCUUCUAAAGUACAUUGUGAAGAGCUGACCCCAAAUGGAUGCUUUUUUUAGGAUAUAACACACACACACACACACAUGCCCCCCAUUGACUAACUGGUGCUGACAGUGAAGUUCACGAGCUGUGUUCUCACCUGGAAUUACGUAUGGAAUCUGUACAACAGCAUUAAUGGUUGCAAUUAGAACGAGACGAGGCAGGACUUCCAGUAAUUACUAUUGGUAAAGGAAGGUAUAAAGGGCUUUUCUCUUUUUUUUUUUUUUUUUUUCUUGUCUGGUAUCUGUCGGUCAGUUUUUUUGCCCAUCAGAUUCGUGGUUCUAACUUCUAACAAAGCUGGUCAAUGCUUCCUGACUUUAAGAGGUUGAAUUAGACUUUAUUAGCUUGAAUGGAUCAAGAUUGCUGGUUCCAGCACUCGUUAUUCCCAGUGUGAAUGACAAGCAGGAGGUGGUUCCCUUGGGACACGAAUAUUGAACUCUUUACCCUUCCGAUCACGUUUCACCUUGUCCGGUUUAUAACAGUUGAAAGUUGUGUUGGCUUAAUAAUAAACAAAAAAAACUGUCGAUGCUUUAAAAAGUAUUUGGAUGUUGGCACUGCUGCGUGUCCCGCUUCGGAUAACAAAGGUGGGAUCGGUGUGGUUCCAGCCUGGAACGCUGAGGGAUCUCGGGAAUCAUGGCGCGAUGGAUGGGCUUUUGCACUGUUAUUUUUCCUUUGGAAUGUGAAGGUUGGAAUGAGGGUUUUGAUUUUUUGUUUUGUUUUGUUUUCCUUUUUUUUUGUUUUCCUUUUUUUUUCCUUUUUUUUUUUUUUUUUAAUGUUUCGAUGUCUUUGAGAAGCCUUGCUUACAUUUUAUGGUGUAGUCAUUGGAAAUGGAAAAAUGGCAUUAUAUAUAUAUAUAUUAUAUAUAUAAAUAUAUAUUAUACAUACUCUCCUAUACUUUAUUUCAGUUACCACCCCCAUAGAAGUUGACAAGAAUUACUAUGACUGAAAGGUUUUUUGAGUCCUUAUUAAAACUUUAUUUAUGACAGUAUUCAUAAUUAGCUUGAGCUGCAUUCUGUAGGUAAUCUUUCCCUUGAGUUUCUGGACUUGUACGCUUCGACCUUUUGGGCUGUGCAACAGCUCACGUGUCUGAAACUACUUGAAGGCAUCACCUUUGGUAAGAGCUUACUGUUAAGGCCCCGAAAGCAUCCCCUGCUCAUUUGGCAGCCCCAACUCCAAACUUUUGUCACAGCUGCUGAAGGGGCAGCUGUAGAAUUCAGAUUUAAAACCCCCCCGCCCCCGUGGCACACGUCCUAAACCAAGGUGGAGUUUACACUCAGCAUCAUUCCAAAAAAAAAACACCACCCCCCCCCAAAAAAAAAAAAACCAACAAAAACCCCCUUUGUAACGAUCAAAAAAAAAAACCAAACCAAAACGGGAUGCUGGUGUGCGAGUUCCACGUUUAGUCCUAGCAAAUGUGUGCAAUACGUUAACGAUGCCUGUGGUUGCCACGAAGUGCCUCGUUUACCUUGGGAAUAAAAAAAAAAAUGCUGUUAGGAAGUGUGGUGCAUGCAGAUGGUGGGGUGGGACUGUGCACUAAAAGGGGCUCUCCGACUGCAGCGUUUGGCAGAGCUGCCUCUCUCUCUCUCUCUCUGCCCGUUCCGAUUUCCAGUCUCGUUUUUUUUCAUAUAGCAUAUAUAUAUAUAGAUACUAAAAGAAAAACGAAAAAGAAAAAAAAAAAAUCAGUCUGUUAAGCAGCCUUACUCUGAUUCAGCCUCUUCAAAUACUAUUGUGCUGUGCAACAGUGGCUCUGUGUGUAACUGAGAAUACACAAAAAAAAAAAAAAACCAAGUAUGACAUGUACAGGAUAAUGCCUCAUACAAAUCAGAUGUCCGUUUGUUAUUGUGUUUAACAACCCUUUAUCUCUUAGUGUUAAAAAACUCCACUUAAAACUGAUUAAAGUCUCAUUCUUGUCA